AUGUCUGAUCAUCAAGAGAACGGCCAAUCUGAUGAUGAUAAGGUUGUUCACUCAUGGCCAGAAGAACUGAAACUGACUGACCUGUUGUAUACUGAAACCAUUCAAGAAAUCCACAGAGCAAUACAGAGUGAUUGGGAUUCCACCCGUCGAUCGGCGUGUCAGACUGCAGCAGCCAGAGCCUUGUGGAACCAUGUGGUUCAUGAUCCGUUGGCGGAGUUGCUGGCCGGAGAGACCAGCCUGAGAACCACCUAUGAGAAGAUCAAGAAAGACUGCCUUAACAAUGCGAGAGAAAUUUCCGGAGUUAUUCUGGCUGUUCGAACGCUUUGGUUCGAUUCGAAACUUGAAGCAGCUCUCAAUUCUUUUGCUGGUGGAGCAGCCCAGAUUGUCCUCCUCGGUGCAGGAAUGGAUACAAGGGCCUACCGUUUGAGUUACUUGAAAGAAAGCAAAGUUUUUGAAGUCGAUUUUCCUGAGGUCAUGCAAACAAAAGCCACCAUUUUACAGGCGGCAGCAGGUUCAACAACCAAGGAUCAGCAUCCAGUGAUGACAGCAAAGUCAUUGAGCAGAGUGGCAGCUGAUCUUAGAGACAACGAUUGGCUACAAGAACUUCAAAAGGUGGGAUUUGAACCAGAACAGAAUACUGUAUGGAUUUUAGAAGGUAUACUGUACUAUCUAUCGUACUCUGAUGCCACAGAAGUAUUGAAGAUUAUUGCCGAGAGUUGCAAGCUUGCACAUACAGUCUUACUAGCAGACUUUAUGAACAAGCAGUCAACUGCACUGUGCAGCUCUAUCUUCCGUUUCUAUUGUGAUUGGCCUGAACAGUUGCUGCCGACCCUUGGUUUCUCUGACGUUAAGCUCUCUCAAAUUGGUGAUCCAGAUGCGCAUUUUGGCCUCUUGCAUGAUCCGUUAAAUCUGUUUAACAGGUUGCGCAGUUUGCCUAGAUCUCUUCAAACAAACCCAGAUGAUGGAACACCAUGCUGUCGAUUAUAUCUGGUCCAAGCCUCCAGAUCACCAACUCAGGAUAUUCAACAAUGA